AUGGCUUUUGAACUAGCAUAUGCUUUCUGCUUUCUGCUUCUCCUCCUACACCUGCCAUUUCCAACCACUGCUCAAACUAACAAGAACAUACCUUUGGGUUCAUCCCUCACUGCAGACAAUAGCUCUUUUUGGGCCUCACCAUCUGGGGAGUUUGCUUUCGGUUUCCAAGAAAUUGGUAGAAACAGCUUCUUACUUGCCAUCUGGUUUAACAAAAUACCAGAAAGAACUAUUGUGUGGUCAGCCAAUGGUAAUAAUCUAGUGGCAAAAGGAUCCAAAGUUGAGCUCACUGCAGAUGGACAGUUUAGGCUCAAUGAUGCUGCAAUAGGCAAGCAAAUAUGGGUUGCUGAUUUUGCUGGUACCGGAGUUUCCUAUGCAGCCAUGCUGGACACUGGAAAUUUUGUGCUGGCUAACCGAAGUUCAAUCAAUUUGUGGGAGAGUUUUGAUCAACCAACUGAUACACUCCUACCUUUGCAGACUCUAAAUCAAACAAGCACAGUCUUUGCCCGCUACACAGCAACAAAUUACUCAAAAGGAAGAUUCCGUUUUGCACUACAACCGGAUGGAGACCUCUUGCUUUACACAACACACUUCCCAUUGGAUUCUGCUAAUACUAUCUAUUGGUCAACCGACACUGCGGCUAGUGGUUAUCAGGUCAUCUUCAACCAGUCUGGCUCUAUUUACCUUACUGCCAGGAACAGAAGCAUACUUCAUAUGAUAUCAAACAGCACAGUUUUAACCCAAGAUUUUUACCAGAGAGCAACUCUUGACUAUGAUGGAGUUUUGAGGCACUAUGUCUAUCCUAAAAGCACUGGCUCAAGUGCUGCUGGGUGGCUCAAGGCUUGGACCAGUUUGUCCUUCAUACCUCCAAAUAUCUGCAUGACAAUUUUGCAAGAGAAAGGCGGCGGUGCAUGUGGUUACAACAGUAUAUGUGCAAACAGGGUUAAAAUCACAUAA